AUGGACCGGUUGGACCAACUGGCCAGUCGGUCCUAUGGACCGGUUGGACCAACUGGCCUGUCGGUCCUGUGGACCGGUUGGACCAACUGGCCUGUUGGUCCUGUGGACCGGUUGGACCAACUGGCCUGUUGGUCCUGUGGACCGGUUGGACCAACUGGCCUGUUGGUCCUGUGGACCGGUUGGACCAACUGGUCUGUUGGUCCUGUGGACCGGUUGGACCAACUGGCCUGUUGGUACUAUGGACCGGUUGGACCAACUGGCCUGUUGGUCCUAUGGACCGGUUGGACCAACUGGCCUGUUGGUCCUAUGGACCGGUUGGACCAACUGGCCCGUUGGUUCUAUGGACCGGUUGGACCAACUGGCCUGUUGGUCCUAUGGACCGGUUGGACCAACUGGCCUGUUGGUCCUAUGGACCGGUUGGACCAACUGGCCUGUUGGUCCUAUGGAUCGGUUGGACCAACUGGCCUGUUGGCCCUAUGGACCGGUUGGACCAACUGGCCUGUUGGUCCUAUGGACCGAUUGGACCAACUGGCCUGUUGGUCCUAUGGACCGGUUGGACCAACUGGCCUGUUGGUCCUAUGGACCGGUUGGACCAACUGGCAUGUUGGUCCUAUGGACCGGUUGGACCAACUGGCCUGUUGGUCCUAUGGACCGGUUGGACCAACUGGCAUGUUGGUCCUAUGGACCGGUUGGACCAACUUGCCUGUUGGUCCUAUGGACCGGUUGGACCAACUGGCCUGUUGGUCCUAUGGACCGUUUGGACCAACUUGCCUGUUGGUCCUAUGGACCGGUUGGACCAACUGGCCUGUUGGUACUAUGGACCGGUUGGACCAACUGGCCUGUUGGUCCUGUGGACCGGUUGGACCAACUGGCCUGUUGGUACUAUGGACCGGUUGGACCAACUGGCCUGUUGGUCCUAUGGACCGGUUGGACCAACUUGCCUGUUGGUCCUAUGGACCGGUUGGACCAACUGGCCUGUUGGUACUAUGGACCGGUUGGACCAACUGGCCUGUUGGUCCUAUGGACCGGUUGGACCAACUGGCCUGUUGGUCCUAUGGACCGGUUGGACCAACUGGCCCGUUGGUUCUAUGGACCGGUUGGACCAACUGGCCUGUUGGUCCUAUGGACCGGUUGGACCAACUGGCCUGUUGGUCCUAUGGACCGGUUGGACCAACUGGCCUGUUGGUCCUAUGGAUCGGUUGGACCAACUGGCCUGUUGGCCCUAUGGACCGGUUGGACCAACUGGCCUGUUGGUCCUAUGGAUCGGUUGGACCAACUGGCCUGUUGGCCCUAUGGACCGGUUGGACCAACUGGCCUGUUGGUCCUAUGGACCGAUUGGACCAACUGGCCUGUUGGUCCUAUGGACCGGUUGGACCAACUGGCCUGUUGGUCCUAUGGACCGGUUGGACCAACUGGCAUGUUGGUCCUAUGGACCGGUUGGACCAACUGGCCUGUUGGUCCUAUGGACCGGUUGGACCAACUGGCAUGUUGGUCCUAUGGACCGGUUGGACCAACUUGCCUGUUGGUCCUAUGGACCGGUUGGACCAACUGGCCUGUUGGUCCUAUGGACCGUUUGGACCAACUGGCCUGUUGGUACUAUGGACCGGUUGGACCAACUGGCCUGUUGGUCCUAUGGACCGGUUGGACCAACUGGCCUGUUGGUCCUAUGGACCGGUUGGACCAACUGGCCCGUUGGUUCUAUGGACCGGUUGGACCAACUGGCCUGUUGGUCCUAUGGACCGGUUGGACCAACUGGCCUGUUGGUCCUAUGGACCGGUUGGACCAACUGGCCUGUUGGUCCUAUGGAUCGGUUGGACCAACUGGCCUGUUGGCCCUAUGGACCGGUUGGACCAACUGGCCUGUUGGCCGAAUGGACCGGUUGGACCAACUGGCCUGUUGGUCCUAUGGAUCGGUUGGACCAACUGGCCUGUCGGUCCAAUGGACCGGUUGGACCAACUGGCCAGUCGGUCCUAUGGACCGGUUGGACCAACUGGCCUGUUGGUCCUGUGGACCGGUUGGACCAACUGGCCUGUUGGUCCUGUGGACCGGUUGGACCAACUGGCCUGUUGGUCCUGUGGACCGGUUGGACCAACUGGCCUGUUGGUCCUGUGGACCGGUUGGACCAACUGGCCUGUUGGUCCUGUGGACCGGUUGGACCAACUGGUCUGUCGGUCCUAUGGACCGGUUGGACCAACUGGCCUGUCGGUCCUAUGGACUGGUUGGAGCAACUGGCCUGUUGUUCCAAUGGACCUGUUGGACCAACUGACGUGUUGUUCCUAUAGAUCGGUUGGACCAACUGGCCUGUUGGUCCUAUGGACCGGGUUGGACCAACUGGCCAGUCGGUCCUAUGGACCGGUUGGACCAACUGGCCAGUCGGUCCUAUGGACCGGUUGGACCAACUGGCCAGUCGGUCCUAUGGACCGGUUGGACCAACUGGCCUGUCGGUCCUGUGGACCGGUUGGACCAACUGGCCUGUUGGUCCUGUGGACCGGUUGGACCAACUGGCCUGUUGGUCCUGUGGACCGGUUGGACCAACUGGCCUGUUGGUCCUGUGGACCGGUUGGACCAACUGGUCUGUUGGUCCUGUGGACCGGUUGGACCAACUGGCCUGUUGGUACUAUGGACCGGUUGGACCAACUGGCCUGUUGGUCCUAUGGACCGGUUGGACCAACUGGCCUGUUGGUCCUAUGGACCGGUUGGACCAACUGGCCCGUUGGUUCUAUGGACCGGUUGGACCAACUGGCCUGUUGGUCCUAUGGACCGGUUGGACCAACUGGCCUGUUGGUCCUAUGGACCGGUUGGACCAACUGGCCUGUUGGUCCUAUGGAUCGGUUGGACCAACUGGCCUGUUGGCCCUAUGGACCGGUUGGACCAACUGGCCUGUUGGCCGAAUGGACCGGUUGGACCAACUGGCCUGUUGGUCCUAUGGAUCGGUUGGACCAACUGGCCUGUCGGUCCAAUGGACCGGUUGGACCAACUGGCCAGUCGGUCCUAUGGACCGGUUGGACCAACUGGCCUGUUGGUCCUGUGGACCGGUUGGACCAACUGGCCUGUUGGUCCUGUGGACCGGUUGGACCAACUGGCCUGUUGGUCCUGUGGACCGGUUGGACCAACUGGCCUGUUGGUCCUGUGGACCGGUUGGACCAACUGGCCUGUUGGUCCUGUGGACCGGUUGGACCAACUGGUCUGUCGGUCCUAUGGACCGUCGGUCCUAUGGACCGGUUGGACCAACUGGCCAGUCGGUCCUAUGGACCGGUUGGACCAACUGGCCAGUCGGUCCUAUGGACCGGUUGGACCAACUGGCCUGUCGGUCCUGUGGACCGGUUGGACCAACUGGCCUGUCGGUCCUGUGGACCGGUUGGACCAACUGGCCUGUUGGUCCUGUGGACCGGUUGGACCAACUGGCCUGUUGGUCCUGUGGACCGGUUGGACCAACUGGUCUGUUGGUCCUGUGGACCGGUUGGACCAACUGGCCUGUUGGUCCUAUGGACCGGUUGGAGCAACUGGCCUGUUGUUCCAAUGGACCUGUUGGACCAACUGACGUGUUGUUCCUAUAGAUCGGUUGGACCAACUGGCCUGUUGGUCCUAUGGACCGGGUUGGACCAACUGGCCUGUCGGUCCUAUGGACCGGUUGGACCAACUGGCCAGUCGGUCCUAUGGACCGGUUGGACCAACUGGCCUGUUGGUCCUGUGGACCGGUUGGACCAACUGGCCUGUUGGUCCUGUGGACCGGUUGGACCAACUGGCCUGUUGGUACUAUGGACCGGUUGGACCAACUGGCAUGUUGGUCCUAUGGACCGGUUGGACCAACUGUCCUGUUGGUCCUAUGGACCGGUUGGACCAACUGGCCUGUUGGUCCUAUGGACCGGUUGGACCAACUGGCCUGUUGGUCCAAUGGACCGGUUGGACCAACUGGCCUGUUGGUGCUAUGGACCGGUUGGUCCAACUGGCCUGUUGGUCCUAUGGACCGGUUGGACCAACUGGCAUGUUGGUGCUAUGGACCGGCUGGACCAACUGGCCUGCUGGUCCUAUGGACCGGUUGGACCAACUGGCAUGUUGGUGCUAUGGACCGAUUGGACCAACUGGCCUAUUGGUCCUAUGGACCGGUUGGACCAACUGGCCUGUUGGCCAAAUGGACCGGUUGGACCAACUGGCCUGUUGGUACUAUGGACCGGUUGGACCAACUGGCCUGUUGGUCCUAUGGACCGGUUGGACCAACUGGCAUGUUGGUCCUAUGGACCGAUUGGACCAACUGGCCUGUUGGUCCUAUGGACCGGUUGGACCAACUGGCCUGUUGGUCCUAUGGACCGGUUGGACCAACUAGCAUGUUGGUCCUAUGGACCGGUUGGACCAACUGGCCUGCUGGUCCUAUGGACCGAUUGGACCAACUGGCAUGUUGGUCCUAUGGACCGGUUGGACCAACUGGCCUGUUGGUCCUAUGGACCGGUUGGACCAACUCGCCUGUUGGUCCUAUGGACCGGUUGGACCAACUCGCCUGUUGGUCCUAUGGACCGGUUGGACCAACUGGCCUGUUGGUCCUAUGGACCGGUUGGACCAACUGGCCUGUUGGUCCUAUGGACCGGUUGGACCAACUGGCCUGCUGGUCCUAUGGACCGAUUGGACCAACUGGCAUGUUGGUCCUAUGGACCGGCUGGACCAACUGGCCUGUUGGUCCUAUGGACCGGUUGGACCAACUGGCCUGUUGGUCCUAUGGACCGGUUGGACCAACUGGCCCGUUGGCCGAAUGGACCGGUUGGACCAACUGGCCUGUUGGACCUAUGGACCAGUUGGACCAACUGGCAUGUUGGUCCUAUGGACCGGUUGGACCAACUGGCCUGUUGGUCCUAUGGACCGGUUGGACCAACUGGCCUGUUGGUCCUAUGGACCAGUUGGACCAACUGGCCUGUUGGUCCUAUGGACCGGUUGGACCAACUGGCAUGUUGGUCCUAUGGACCGGUUGGACCAACUGGCCUGUUGGUCCUAUGGACCGGUUGGACCAACUGGCCUGUUGGUACUAUGGACCGGUUGGACCAACUGGCCUGUUGGUCCUAUGGACCGGUUGGACCAACUGGCCUGUUGGUACUAUGGACCGGUUGGACCAACUGGCCCGUUGGUCCUAUGGACCGGUUGGACCAACUAACCUGUUGGUCCUAUGGACCGGUUGGACCAACUGGCUUGUUGGUCCUAUGGACCGGUUGGACCAACUGUCCUGUUGGUCCUAUGGACCGGUUGGACCAACUGGCCUGUUGGUCCUAUGGACCGGUUGGACCAACUGGCCUGUUGGUCCUAUGGACCGAUUGGACCAACUGGCCUGUUGGUCCUAUGGACCGGUUGGACCAACUGGCCUGUUGGUCCUAUGGACCGGUUGGACCAACUGGCAUGUUGGUCCUAUGGACCGGUUGGACCAACUGGCCUGUUGGUCCUAUGGACCGGUUGGACCAACUGGCAUGUUGGUCCUAUGGACCGGUUGGACCAACUUGCCUGUUGGUCCUAUGGACCGGUUGGACCAACUGGCCUGUUGGUCCUAUGGACCGGUUGGACCAACUGGCCUGUUGGUACUAUGGACCGGUUGGACCAACUGGCCUGUUGGUCCUAUGGACCGGUUGGACCAACUGGCCUGUUGGUCCUAUGGAGCGGUUGGACCAACUUGCCUGUUGGUCCUAUGGACCGGUUGGACCAACUGGCCUGUUGGUCCUAUGGACCGGUUGGACCAACUGGCCUGUUGGUCCUAUGGACCGGUUGGACCAACUGGCCUGUUGGUCCUAUGGACCGGUUGGACCAACUGGCAUGUUGGUCCUAUGGAUCGGUUGGACCAACUGGCCUGUUGGCCCUAUGGACCGGUUGGACCAACUGGCCUGUUGGCCGAAUAGACCGGUUGGACCAACUAGCAUGUUGGUCCUAUGGACCGGUUGGACCAACUGGCCUGCUGGUCCUAUGGACCGAUUGGACCAACUGGCAUGUUGGUCCUAUGGACCGGUUGGACCAACUGGCCUGUUGGUCCUAUGGACCGGUUGGACCAACUGGCCUGUUGGUACUAUGGACCGGUUGGACCAACUCGCCUGUUGGUCCUAUGGACCGGUUGGACCAACUGGCAUGUUGGUCCUAUGGACCGGUUGGACCAACUUGCCUGUUGGUCCUAUGGACCGGUUGGACCAACUGGCCUGUUGGUCCUAUGGACCGGUUGGACCAACUGGCCUGUUGGUCCUAUGGACCGGUUGGACCAACUGGCCUGUUGGUACUAUGGACCGGUUGGACCAACUGGCCUGUUGGUCCUAUGGACCGGUUGGACCAACUGGCAUGUUGGUCCUAUGGACCGGUUGGACCAACUGGCAUGUUGGUCCUAUGGACCGAUCGGUUGGACCAACUGGCCUGUUGGUCCUAUGGACCGGGUUGGACCAACUGGCCUGUCGGUCCUAUGGACCGGUUGGACCAACUGGCCAGUCGGUCCUAUGGACCGGUUGGACCAACUGGCCUGUUGGUCCUGUGGACCGGUUGGACCAACUGGCCUGUUGGUCCUGUGGACCGGUUGGACCAACUGGCCUGUUGGUCCUGUGGACCGGUUGGACCAACUGGCCUGUUGGUCCUCUGGACCGGUUGGACCAACUGGCCUGUUGGUCCUAUGGACCGGUUGGACCAACUGGCCUGUUGGUCCUAUGGACCGAUUGGACCAACUGGCCUCUUGGUCCUAUGGACCGAUUGGACCAACUGGCCUGUUGGCCAAAUGGACCGGUUGGACCAACUGGCCUGUUGGUACUAUGGACCGGUUGGACCAACUGGCCUGUUGGUCCUAUGGACCGGUUGGACCAACUGGCAUGUUGGUCCUAUGGACCGCAUGGACCAAUUGGCCUGUUGGUCCUAUGGACCGGUUGGACCAACUGGCAUGUUGGUCCUAUGGACCGGUUGGACCAACUCGCCUGUUGGUCCUAUGGACCGGUUGGACCAACUGGCAUGUUGGUCCUAUGGACCGGUUGGACCAACUUGCCUGUUGGUCCUAUGGACCGGUUGGACCAACUGGCCUGUUGGUCCUAUGGACCGGUUGGACCAACUGGCCUGUUGGUCCUAUGGACCGGUUGGACCAACUGGCCUGUUGGUCCUAUGGACCGGUUGGACCAACAGGCUUGUUGGUACUAUGGACCGGUUGGACCAACUGGCCUGUUGGUCCUAUGGACCGGUUGGACCAACUGGCCUGUUGGUCCUAUGGAGCGGUUGGACCAACUUGCCUGUUGGUCCUAUGGACCGGUUGGACCAACUGGCCUGUUGGUCCUAUGGACCGGUUGGACCAACUGGCCUGUUGGUCCUAUGGACCGGUUGGACCAACUGGCCUGUUGGUCCUAUGGACCGGUUGGACCAACUGGCAUGUUGGUCCUAUGGAUCGGUUGGACCAACUGGCCUGUUGGCCCUAUGGACCGGUUGGACCAACUGGCCUGUUGGCCGAAUGGACCGGUUGGACCAACUGGCCUGUUGGUCCUAUGGAUCGGUUGGACCAACUGGCCUGUCGGUCCUAUGGACCGGUUGGACCAACUGGCCAGUCGGUCCUAUGGACCGGUUGGACCAACUGGCCUGUUGGUCCUGUGGACCGGUUGGACCAACUGCCCUGUUGGUCCUGUGGACCGGUUGGACCAACUGGCCUGUUGGUCCUGUGGACCGGUUGGACCAACUGGCCUGUUGGUCCUGUGGACCGGUUGGACCAACUGGCCUGUUGGUGCUAUGGACCGGUUGGACCAACUGGCCUGUUGGUCCUAUGGACCGAGUGGACCAACUGGCAUGUUGGUGCUAUGGACCGAUUGGACCAACUGGCAUGUUGGUGCUAUGGACCGAUUGGACCAACUGGCCUAUUGGUCCUAUGGACUGGUUGGACCAACUGGCCUGUUGGCGAAAUGGACCGGUUGGACCAACUGGCCUGUUGGGACUAUGGACCGGUUGGACCAACUGGCCUGUUGGUCCUAUGGACCGGUUGGACCAACUGGUAUGUUGGUCCUAUGGACUGAUUGGACCAACUGGCCUGUUGGUCCUAUGGACCGGCUGGACCAACUGGCCUGUUGGUCCUAUGGACCGGUUGGACCAACUAGCAUGUUGGUCCUAUGGACCGGUUGGACCAACUGGCCUGCUGGUCCUAUGGACCGAUUGGACCAACUGGCAUGUUGGUCCUAUGGACCGGUUGGACCAACUGGCCUGUUGGUCCUAUGGACCGGUUGGACCAAGUGGCCUGUUGGUACUAUGGACCGGUUGGACCAACUCGCCUGUUGGUCCUAUGGACCGGUUGGACCAACUGGCAUGUUGGUCCUAUGGACCGGUUGGACCAACUUGCCUGUUGGUCCUAUGGACCAGUUGGACCAACUGGCCUGUUGGUCCUAUGGACCGGUUGGACCAACUGGCCUGUUGGUCCUAUGGACCGGUUGGACCAACUGGCCUGUUGGUACUAUGGACCGGUUGGACCAACUGGCCUGUUGGUCCUAUGGACCGGUUGGACCAACUGGCAUGUUGGUCCUAUGGACCGGUUGGACCAACUGGCAUGUUGGUCCUAUGGACCGGUUGGACCAACUGGCCUGUCGGCCGAAUGGACCGGUUGGACCAACUGGCAUGUUGGUCCUAUGGACCGGUUGGACCAACUGGCCUGUUGGCCAAAUGGACCGGUUGGACCAACUGGCCUGUUGGGACUAUGGACCGGUUGGACCAACUGGCCUGUCGGUCCUAUGGACCGGUUGGACGAACUAG